AUGUCUGUAACACCUCUUCCACCAGGGAUGGAACAGUUUUAUCGGUUGUUCUCUCGAUUGAGCAUAUGUUCCGUCGUGUGUCUGGUAGGAUAUACAAGUUUGAUCUGGUACGGUUACACUCAAGCUUUGGAAAAGAUACCUAAACCUCCUUCGAAGCUCAUACUCGUCACACCCUUCACAAUUUCUACCACACGUCAUGCAGCUCCAAGACUUUUUCCUUUCCCAUUAGGUAAAACAGGACCGGAUGCAAAGGUCAAAGAUGAAUUAUGGUGGGAAGGUGGGAAUGCUCCUCAUGUUGGUCACUUCAAUUACAAACCUCCACCGGGUUAUAGUAAUGGUCCCGAUGCUACCAACUUGAUCGAAAGGUUCAAAGUGAGUUUAGAGAUGGAACAACAAGCUACAAAGUGGAAGAAACGUUAUAGAGCUAUUCAAUCUUUAUGUGCUAUAAUAAUCAUUGCUUUUGUAAACAAGAAAAUAGCCGUAGCUUGUCUUUGUUAUUUAACCUAUCACGUUUUCUCAACAGAAGUUGAAAAUAUGUUAAAACCUCCUGUCAACAUGGAAGAUGUCAAUAAUGAAAUUGAUCAAUUGAUGCGUGCUGGUAAUUACAGAAACGAAUCCGCACCGAAACCUGUAGCGGGUAUGACAGGUGGUAUGUCUUACAUAUACGAUCCAACGGAUUUAUCUUCUUCUAGAAGAGUAGCAGCUCCUAUUCAUGCUGUACCACCACAUGUUCUCAUGACCACUGAGAAUCAUUUUUAUGCUGGACCUGGGGAAACUUUCAAAGCGCCAUGA